UAGACCAAGUGUGUAUUGGUCUCAUUUUCUAAUAGGUCGGUUUCUAAACACGCCAUUUUAUCCCCUUUUCACUAUCUAUCUGGUAUCUGCCGCCCCCCCUCCCCCUCUCCCUAUAAAUUUGUGAAUUCAAAGCGUUCACGAAAAGUUUAUCACUCAAAAGUCUCUCAAAUUCAAAAUGGCGGUGAACUUGACGGCAAACGCGAUCCCGGCGAUCAACGCGGGGGACGUGAACUCAAAGCCAGUGGUUCAGGUAUUGGACAUCAAGCUAAUCGGCACCACACAGGAACGAUACCGACUCACACUCUCCGACUCAGAGUCGACUCAGCAGGCGAUGCUUGCUACUCAGCUCAAUGACCGUGUCAAAACUGGCCGUGUUCGCAAAACCUCGGUCAUUCAGUUGAUUGAAUACAUAUGUAGCACUGUUCAAAAUCGCAAAAUCAUUGUUGUCCUCAACAUGGAAACUAUUAUACCAGAAUGUGAAAUAAUUGGGAACCCGCAAAUGAUUGUAGAAUCUAAUUUAGGAGCUCAGAAAGCUACAUCUAAUGUAGCUUCUGGGUCUGCAAUCUUGAGUAACAAUGGUAACUUGAGUGCUCAAAGAUCUGUCCAGGCAAGCUUUGCUAACAGUAAAAAUUUGAGCGCUCAAAAUUCAGGUAAUAGCAUGCAGAACUACCCACCGGCAAUUCAACCUGCAUAUCAACCUCCUCCAAAUUACAAAAGCGAUGGGGCAAUCAUGAAGAAUGAAGCACCUGCCCGCAUUAUUCCAAUUGCAGCAUUGAAUCCCUAUCAGGGUCGGUGGGCUAUUAAGGCUAGAGUGACUGUAAAGGGGGAACUACGCCGCUAUAAUAAUUCUAGAGGAGAUGGAAAGGUCUUCUCCUUUGAUCUCCUUGAUUCUGAUGGGGGUGAAAUACGUGUCACUUGUUUUAAUGCUGUUGUUGAUCGGUUCUAUGACAAAAUUGAUGCUGGAAAGGUGUACAUGAUAUCAAAAGGCAGCUUGAAACCUGCUCAAAAGAACUUCAACCAUUUGAAGAAUGAAUGGGAAAUAUUUUUGGAGACUACCUCAACUGUAGAUCUCUGUCCAGAUGAAGAUGCCUCUAUACCAAGACAGCAAUUCUCAUUUAGACCUAUUAGUGAAAUUGAAAGUGCAGAAAACAAUUCAAUCAUAGAUGUGAUUGGAAUUGUGACGGCAGUCAAUCCUUCUAUUCCUAUUGUGAGAAAGAAUGGAAUGGAAACUCAAAAAAGAAUCUUGAAUCUAAAGGAUCAGUCCGGGCGAAGUGUCGAGCUGACACUAUGGGGAGAUUUCUGUAACAGGGAAGGUCAAAGGUUGCAAGAACUGGCAGAAGCUGCAUUUUCCCCUGUUUUAGCUGUUAAAGCUGCAAAAGUUAGUGACUUCACUGGGAAAUCCAUUGGAACAAUUUCUUCCACUCAGCUGUUCAUAAAUCCAGAUUCCGCAGAGGCUCAAACUCUAAGAGAAUGGUUUGAUCAGGGGGGAAAAGACAUUGCUUCUCAAUCUAUAUCUAAGGAAAACAUGCGUGAAGGAUCAAAAAAUGAGAUACGCAAGACUGUCUCUCAGAUCAAGGAUGAAGGGCUUGGUAGAUCAGAUAAACCAGACUGGGUUACAGUUAAGGCAACCAUAACAUUCAUCAAAACCGACACUUUCUGUUAUACUGCUUGCCCCUUGAUGAUUGGAUAUAGACAAUGUAAUAAGAAAGUUACCAGGUCAGGAAAUUCCAUAUGGCAAUGUGAUAGGUGCAAUCAGGAGUUUGAGGAAUGUGAUUACAGAUACCUUCUUCAAGCUCAAAUUCAAGAUCAUACUGGGUUAACAUGGGUGACAACUUUCCAGGAAUCUGGCAAAGAGAUUUUAGGCUGUCCUGCGAAGGAGCUGUACAGGAUGAAAUAUGAAGAGGCUGAUGAUGCCAGAUUUUCUGAAAUUAUUAGGAACUGCCUCUUCACACAAUUUAUGUUCAGGCUUAAAAUCAAAGAGGAAUUUUAUGGUGAUGAGCAGAGAGUGAAAAUUACAGUUGUCAAGGCAGAGAAAGUGAACCAUUCUACAGAAAGCAGAUAUAUUAUUGAUUUGAUUUCAAAAUUCCGUCUUUCUUAACACAGGAAGCCAGACAAGAGAUUCUUAUUGAGUCCAUUUUUAGGAAACCCAUUGGUCCUCUUUGCAGAGAGAUUUAGGCAGAAAGUCAUUGUUGAAGUCAGGUGAUUAUUCUUUUCAUUGCCAUAGAAAGGUACAUUAAUUGCAUUCUUGCUUAGAAAUCCCACUUACUGGUUUAAUGUAGCUUUAAUAUCCACUUGAUUUGGUAGGAAUACGUUUUCUCCCCUUCCCAUGAGUUGAAUUUGCAGUACUACUCUCAUUAGCUUCAUCAUUAAGGACUAUUAUUUUUAUUGAUUUGGUAAAUCCAUCCUCUCCAUAUCCAAUAGUGGUGUUUUUCACCUUUGCCACCUUGUGAGUUGUGAGAACACUCUUAUCUUGGAUGGAAUAAUAAUCUUUCUGCUGUUCUUGUUUUA